CUCCAUCAAGCUCUGUUAGGACCCAAAUUAGGAAGCAGUCUCUUCUUCCUGACCUAUCUUCCCCUGAGGAUUCAAAGGGUGGGGGUAUCAGUGCACAGAAGAUGGGGAGCCCUCCAUACACCAGCUAUGUAUGUCCAUAUCUCCCAGGACAUCCCAGGAGUCUUAAGGCACCCGGCCUUUUAUCCCUUCUUUUUCAGAACCAGAGUUGAAGUGGAGUCUUGCCUUAGGAUAGUGAAAGCAAUUUUCCUCCAUUCUUUACUCAACAUAGUUCAGGUCAAUUCUGGUUUCCCUCUUCCAGAGCUUUCUCUGACUUCUGGUUCCCCUGUUUGGGCUGGACGAAUUUCCCCCAUUUAGCUCCAGAACUAGGAAAAGACCAGGCAAGUUUUGAACAUUGUGGCACUUGGGACAUAGCACAUGAGAAAUUCCUGCAGAACAAAGUAAAAUGUUCUGGCAUUAAAAAUCUGGGUGGCUUUGUCAGAUUACCUUAAAAGGAAGGAUCUCUUGUUGCACCAUCUUGAAUGUUGUGCCCACCUUGCCUACCCCUAGGCCAUUCGAUCCUAGCUUGACCCCCACUUGUCUCGAUUUCACUGAGAUCUGAAGGAUCCAGGUUCCUCCUCCUGGGUGUUUGUUCCCACUGCACCUGAGUAACCCAGGCAAUAACCCCUAAUUCUUUUGUGAUCUCUUUCUUUAGGGCCCUCAACACCACCAUGAGUGAGGCCUUCGACUGUGCAAAGUGUGGGGAGUCCCUGUAUGGUCGGAAAUACAUCCAGGCAGAGGGUGGUCCCCAUUGUGUUCCCUGCUAUGACGGCACCUUUGCCAACACAUGUGCCGAAUGCAAGGAGCUUAUUGGGCAUGACUCUCGGGAACUGUUCUAUGAAGAUCGACACUACCAUGAAGGCUGCUUCCGAUGCUGCCGCUGCGAGAAGUCCCUGGCAGAUGAGCCCUUUACUUGCCAGGACAACGAGCUCCUGUGUAACGAGUGUUACUGCAGCGCCUUCUCGUCACAAUGUUCAGCCUGUGGGGAGACUGUCAUGCCUGGAUCUCGGAAGCUAGAGUAUGGGGGUCAGACCUGGCACGAACACUGCUUCCUCUGCAGCGGCUGUGAGCAGCCUUUAGGCUCCAGAUCCUUUGUGCCCGACAAGGGCGCUCAUUACUGUGUGCCCUGCUAUGAAAGCAAAUUUGCCCCUCGAUGUGCCCGCUGCAGCAAGACACUAACACAGGGUGGAGUGACUUACCGUGACCAGCCCUGGCACCGGGAGUGCCUGGUCUGCACUGGAUGCCAAACCCCCCUGGCUGGCCAACAGUUCACAUCCCGGGACGAUGACCCCUAUUGCGUGAAUUGUUUUGGGGAGCUCUAUGCACCGAAAUGUAGCAGCUGCAAGCGGCCCAUUACAGGACUUGGCGGGGGCAAGUAUGUGUCAUUUGAGGACCGUCAUUGGCACCACAGCUGCUUCUCCUGUGCCCGCUGCUCAACCUCCCUUGUGGGCCAGGGAUUCAUACCUGACGGAGAUCAAGUUCUUUGCCAAGGAUGCAGCCAAGCUGAUCUCUGAGGGAGCCUCCCCGGCUGGGGAUCUCCCAGGAUACUCCCAUCUCAAAACUGGGGUCUCCUAUAAACCCAAAUGUCCCCUUGGCUAUCUCAUCCCAAACCCAGGGUGCCCCCAUUCCCACAGCUCCCCAAACCCAGAUCAGGAGGUAGUGAGGUGCCCAUUGCUGGAAGUCUUCAAACAGAGGCUGGAUGAUCAUCUUGUUCAGGAUGUUGUCAAGCAAUCUUCCUGCUUGGGUUCCUGCAGGGGUUGGACUUAAUGACCUCUGAGGUCCCUUCUAGCUCUAGGAGUGUGUGGAACCUGUGACCCUCACCCAGGACCUCCUGCCCUGCCUGAAUCCUAACCUCCCAGUCUCUAACCAAAGGUCCUUAAACAUGAGACCACUCCUGCCCCAACAAACCCAGGACCUCGGGCCUCAGAACCCAAAGAUUUUCUUCCUCCUCUCUGAGGGCCCCAAGCCCAGGCCCUAUCAGCAGAGGCCUGACUCAGCUCUUCCCUGCCCUUAUCUGUCUGAGGCUGCCUUGACUGAGAACUGAAAGGGGGGCAGGGUGUGGAGGAUUGGGGAGCAAGGAGAGAAGGAUGACCAGGGCCUUAAUUAGGGGCGGGGGAGUAAGGGAGAAGGGGGAACCUUUCAUCCUCCCUCCCCUUUCUUGCUUCUUGCAAUAAAAGUGUGAUGAAA